UGGCUGGCGUGGUUGCGCGGAGGGGCUGUGCGGAGCGCGCGUAGGGGGCUUUGGGCCGCUCUGGGUUUGUAGUUUUGAAAUUUCUGGCGGGGGAAUCCGCCGCGCAGAGUUUUGGUGGAAGGUGGGAGCCGAAGUGACGCCCUUCCGGGAGCCGCGCAGCCGGGCUCCGCUGUAUCUGGUCCCGAGGCUGAGGGGCCGGGUUGAUCCGGCGCACGUGUGAGCGCCGCUGAGGAAGCGGCGAGCGGCCGAGCAGGUGUGGCUGCCGGCGGGGCCGCGCGGACUGGAGGAAGGUCCGGGACGCCGGGGUCCCGCUGUCCAGCCGGCGCCGGUCACUGACUCGUGUGGCGGCCCCGGCGCCUCUCCCUAGCGAUGCUGUGGAGCCGGAACUGCACUGGAGUCGGCUGCCGCUUGUCAAGCGUCCCCUCGCCUGUGCUCCCGGAACGGCGGCGCCUCAGCUGCCGCUGAUCCACCUGGGGAUGCCCGCGGGCCUCACAGAACCGGCCGGCGCCGCUCCCCCCGCCGGUGUGGGCGCCUCCGGGACCGUGACCAUGGCCCCCGCCGCGGCUCUGCCCGUCCGGGUGGAGAGCACUCCGGUGGCCUUGGGCGCCGUGACUAAGGCUCCUGUCAGUGUCUGCGUGGAGUCCACGGCGUCCCAGCCGCUGCGGUCCCCCGUGGGGACCCUGGUGACAAAAGUGGCUCCUGUCAGUGCUCUUCCUAAACUCAGCAGCGGCCCUCGUCUGCCAGCUCCUCAGAUUGUCGCUGUGAAAGCCCCCAACACCACAACAAUCCAGUUGCCUGCUAAUUUGCAGCUUCCUCCAGGAACAGUUUUGAUCAAAAGUAACAGUGGUCAGUUGAUGUUGGUAUCUCCUCAGCAAGCUGUAACAAGAACUGAGACCACAAGUAACAUAACUUCAAGGCCAGCUGUACCAACGAAUACUCAAACAGUCAAAAUCUGUACAAUGCAGAAUUCUAGUUCACAGUUAAUCAAGAAGGUGGCAGUGGCACCUGUUAAACAACUGGCACAAAUAGGAACUACUGUGGUAACCACUGUUCCGAAGCCUUCCCCAGUGCAAUCUGUGGCUGUGCCAACCAGUGUUGUCACAGUGACCCCUGCGAAGCCGUUGAAUACUGUGGCUACCCUGAAGCCUUCAAGUUUGGGAGCGCCACCCACCCCCUCAAGUGAGCCCAGUCUCACAGCAGAGAACUCAGCCACUGCUCAGACUAAUCUUUCUCCGACGAUGCUAGAAAAUGUGAAGAAAUGUAAGAACUUCCUCGCAAUGUUAAUAAAACUAGCGUGUAGUGGAUCACAGUCCCCGGAGAUGGGGCAGAAUGUGAAGAAGUUGGUGGAACAACUUUUGGAUGCAAAAAUUGAAGCGGAAGAAUUUACUAGACAACUGUAUGUUGAACUCAAGUCUUCACCUCAGCCUCACCUAGUUCCUUUCCUUAAGAAAAGUGUGAUUGCCUUACGACAACUGAUGCCUAACUCCCAGAGCUUUAUUCAGCAGUGUGUUCAGCAGACUUCUAGCGAGGUGUUCAUUGCUACCUGUACCACAGCAGUAAUGCCUUCUCCUGUGGUGACAACAGCAGUUUCCUCAAUCCAGCCUGAAAAGCCCAUCAUUGGUUCUGAAGCAGCAACAUCUGGAACGGUGUCAGUGCAAACUCUGAAUCCACUUGCUCCAGGGGGAGCAAAAACUGGAGUUGUGACACUUCAUUCUGUGGGUCCAGCUGCUGUGCCAGGAGGAACAACAGCUGGAACUGUUGUGCUUCAGACUCCAAAACCGCUAGUGACAUCUCUGCAGAACACAGUGACAGCAGUCUCACUUCAGCCUGAAAAGCCAGUUGUCUCUGGGACAGCAGUGACACUGGCCCUCCCCUCGGUAACUUUUGGAGAAACCUCAGCAGCAGCUGUAUGUCUUCCGUCUGUGAAACCUGUUGUUACUUCUGCUGGGACCACAUCUGACAAGCCUGUCAUUGGCACUCCAGUCCAAAUCAAACUUGCACAGUCGGGCCCCGUGCUUACACAACCAGCCAGCAUUCCACAGGCAGUUAAAGUCAAACAACUAGUAGUCCAGCAGCCUUCAGGAGGCCUUGCAAAACAAGUGACCACACUUUCCCAUUCCUCAGCAUUGACCAUCCAGAAAUCUGGACAGAAGAAGGUGACAGUGAGCACUGCAGUACCUACCAGUCAGUUUCCUCAAGCUUCCAUUCUAAAACAAAUUACCCUGCCAGGAAAUAAAGUUCUGUCACUUCAAUCAUCUAUUCAGAAAAACAAAAUAAAAGAGAAUGGAACAACAUCCUUCAGAGAUGAAGAUGACAUCAAUGAUGUGACUUCCAUGGCAGGGGUCAACCUUAGUGAAGAAAAUGCCUGCAUCUUAGCAACAAACUCUGAAUUGGUGGGCACACUUGUUCAGUCAUGUAAAGAUGAACCGUUUCUUUUCAUUGGAGCUCUACAAAAGAGAAUUUUAGACAUUGGUAAAAAGCAUGACAUUACAGAACUUAACUCUGAUGCUGUGAACUUGAUCUCCCAUGCAACACAGGAACGAUUACGAGGCCUUCUAGAAAAACUGACUACAAUCGCUCAGCAUCGAAUGACAACUUACAAGGCAAGUGAAAAUUACAUCCUGUCUAAUGACACCAGAUCACAGCUCAAAUUUCUUGAAAAGCUAGAUCAACUGGAGAAGCAGAGAAAGGAUGUAGAAGAAAGAGAAAUGUUACUUAAAGCAGCCAAGAGUCGUUCCAAUAAAGAAGAUCCAGAACAGCUGAGAUUAAAGCAGAAAGCCAAAGAGUUACAACAGUUGGAGCUCGCGCAGAUACAGCAUAGAGAUGCUAAUCUCACAGCUCUUGCAGCUAUUGGACCAAGGAAGAAGAGACCACUAGAAUCCGGGUCUGGAAGUGAGGGUUUAAAAGACAACCUUUUUGCUUCUGGGACAUCCAGCCUGACAGCCACCAAACAGUUGCUUCGUCCAAGAAUCACAAGAAUCUGCCUCAGGGACCUGAUCUUCUGUAUGGAGCAGGAGAGGGAGAUGAAGUAUUCCCGAGCUCUGUACCUGGCCCUUCUGAAGUGACCACGGCCCUCUCCAUCCAGAUCCUUGCUACUUACUGCCAAAGAAGACAUAUAAAGAGCGGUGUCACAUGGUCCUGAAAUUUCAGUUUCUGGAAAAUAAUCACCGAUAGGGAAGACCAUUGUUUACAGUUAUAUACUUUUAUUAAAUCUUAUGUAUUCCAUUAGGUUCUUAAUGACUAGGAUUCAGCUUCUAAAAAUAGGUUGUGAAGUACGGUUUAUUUACACAGAAGUAGGCAUAUGCCUACCUACGUGUUUAAUUACAGCAAGGCUCUGUUUGUUACUCCCUGCUUCAUUUGCCAAACUAUUAAUAGGUAAGGCGUCUUUCCCUACUACAGCCUGCAUUGAGAUGCAGGGGGAAGAAAGGAAGGGUCACCACUUACCAGGAAACUAUGUAUUUCAUCCUACACGGAACCUGACUCAAAGCAUUAGGCUUUCUGGGCUGGAAUCAGAAGUUGCUUAGCAAAUUAUGACAGUUGCCUUCUGUGGUUGAAGGUGACAAGCCACAGGGUAAGGCCAGUGGUGGCUUUUGUCGGCUGAGUCCCAUUGUUGUUAAAACAUUGACAAAUGGGGAUAGUUUGUGCCUGAGGUUGCUGUUCCCUGGUUCACCUCACCACCAGGUGCUGCUUCUGAUACCAAGUGAGGGGACAUCCUUGUCAGGGAAGGAUGAUAUACAUUGAAGGUGCUGAUAUAUCUCGUUGAAAAGAUGGAGAGUAUAGAAAGGAAUGAUGGAGCAUCGCCUCCAAACCGAUGGAGGAAAAAUGAAAACGGAAUCAUGAAACAGGAAAUAUGCUGUAUACACCUAAGAGGGGUCAGUGGUCGAAUUGGAACUCCGAAGCCCCCAGUACAUGUUUUGUUGACAGGAAAAAAAUCACAGCCCAACCAAAAAGGAAAAUGUAUCAAACAUUUUAAAUCAUAGUAUUUCAAAAGGAAGAAGUUAUUCUUUGUUUUGUGUAUUGCUUUAGAUCUCAAGAAGGAUAGUUUUAUAAACUCUUUUAGUUACCCUAAGUUUUAAGCAUCUUGUUGCAUUAAAAAAAAUCCUAAUUGAUGAUUAGAAAUUUUUAACAAUGGGAUUCCAUUUUGGAUUCUGUACUCAAAAGGUAAUGUCAGCAUCUUACUCUUGGAGAUCUUGGCUCUACAUAUAUUAUGAGAAGCAUGUUAUAUAUACUUGUUUGAGGAGGAAGCUGACAUUUUGCAAAGCAAACCCUCUUUUUUUUUUUUUUUAAUUCCACUUUUGUGGUACGUAGCUGGUGAAAAAUAAUAGCUGUAGUUAGUCACAUACAGAAAGAAUGAGUAAAUCCUCCAAAGAAGGCUAAAGAAAAAAAAAAGGGGUGGGGGGAAAGCUGUGCUUCUUAGAAAAAGAAUUCAGGGGAAUAAAACCUCAAGUAUGUUAUUCUUCAUCCUGUUCUUCCCGUCGGGACUGUUAUGGCCAUAUUCUAUACUGUAGUAAGUUUCAAAUUGGCCACAUUUUCUGUUUCAGCAAGUUAUUAUGUAAAAAUGCUAUAAAUUAUGUGUAUGUUAAAAGAGUCCUUUAAGAAGAGAUCUAUACCUAAAGUUGUUUUUGUAUAUUUAAAUGCUUAGCUUUAUUUUUUGGUAAAGUGCAGCACACUCCCAUAUUUGUGUGUAAUCUUAUUGAUCAGAUGUUUAAAGUUAUUUCAAAUACUUCAUUAAAAUAAUUAUUUUAUUAUAAGAA